AUGCUCCAGAGGUACUCGUGGACUGGCGAGCCUGGCGAGCCUUUCGCCUCACAGGGGAUGCUUGACGCAUCUCAUUUGUCCACGAGCCGUUCUUCGACAUCGUUGUCUGCCCUGCAGUCGUUCGAAAGGCAAAACGCUUUCACUGCUUAUUCGGUCGCCCCCACAGGAAAAGAUGGACGCUUCAGUUUCUACCCGGGCCACGCUGCGGUCACCCCUUUGUGGAAACUGAGCACUGCCUCUCAGUCCUUUGCCUUCACACAGCAGGAAACGUCUCCACUCGUCUCUGCUCCUGUCUUGCCUGGAGAACCCUCUUCCCCCGGCGCGCUUCGGCCUUCCCUCCGCCUCCUGCCACCUUCUUGCACAGCUUCAGCUCUCUCGAACAAUGGCGUCCCGUCCGCCUCCUGUACCUACUCUUUGCUUCCUUUCUGCCUGUCGUUUGCUCCCUUGUCUUCUUUUUUCUCUACGAUGCGUCCUCCGCCUGGCUCGUCAACGCACGCUUCGGCAACUGCUCCAGCCCGCCUUCCCAUGCCGCCACAGGUCGCGCCGGAUGCUGAAGACAAGCGGGCGCAGGAAAAAGUUGGCUACUCCAUCAAGCGAGGGGGAAACGUCUUCCCGUGGAAAUCUGCUCUCCUUGCCUGCUGCGCAUGCAUAACCAUUGCAUGUGCGGUCGUCGUUCAAGGCGAGAGAAGACGAAGAGCGCAAGCAGUUCGGACCGAGAGCGACGCCAUCGGCAAACCCCUUUUAGGCGGACCCUGGACGCUAGUCGACAUGCACGGCCGCGUGCGAGGUAGCGAGGAGUUCGAGGGAGCCUACCAGCUUUUGUAUUUCGGAUUCACAUUUUGCCCGGACAUUUGUCCUCAGGAGCUCGAGAAGAUGGCACAAGUCAUUGAAAUCAUUGACAAAGAGUACGGCGAGGUUGUCCAGCCAAUCUUCAUAUCCGUUGAUCCGAAGCGGGACACGGUCGCUCAAGUCAAGUCAUAUUGCGAAGAGUUUCAUCCUCGCCUCCUUGGAUUCACUGGCACAUCGGCACAAAUCAAGGAUGUCACCCGAAAGUUCCGAGUGUACUAUAACGAGGGAAUCAAGAGCUCGGACGCAGACUACCUCGUGGACCACUCGAUCAUCCAGUAUUUCAUGGGGAAGAAUGGCAAAUUCAAGGACUUCUUUGGGAAGAAUAUGACUGUGAAUGAAAUCGCAGAGCGUAUUGCCAGGCACAUCAAACAGGAUAAAGCAAGGGUUGAGAAAAAACGUGCUUGA